UAUAGUUCCGUUUGGGGAGGGUAUAAGAUGUGCAUCUCAGGGGGAGAGAAUGACUUUCAUACCCCGAAGAACUGCUGACACUCCUGCAGGUGGCGCUCUCUUUCUGUGUACUGUUAUUACAUAGCAGUCUGCAGCAGCCAUCGCUGUCCAUUGUACUGUUACCACAUAAAGCUCUCCUGCAGGUGGCGCUGUCAUCCAGCAUAUUAUUAUUACAAGGAACUCUCCAACAGACUUAUAUUUUAGAUGCAGCAACACAAUGUCCUCUGAUGUAGAGACUGAAGAAAGGGAUUCCCCAGCAGUGGGCUCAGUGAUGCUGGAGGAGGACCUGGACCGGAUUUCUGGGAGUAUUCUAAGAUUGACACUGGAAAUCAUCUACACUGUCACUGGUGAGGACUAUGUUAUUGUGAAGAGGAAACAAAGUGACCCCACCUCUCCAGACUCCAGCAGGUUGCUGCAGGACCCCUUAAUGGUUUCGUCACCUCAUUCCCGGCUGCAUGAGCAGAAGAUUCUGCAACUCACCAACAGGAUCAUUCAGUUACUGACUGGAGAAUUUUCUGGUGACUUAACUACCAAGCUGGAACAUCUGGAAAGACACAGACGUCAGAGAGGUUCCUCACCUUGCCUAAAAUUACGCGGUAAGAGGAACAUCCACUGUACGGAAAUAGAGGAAGAUGAGGGCAGUUAUGGGGAGAAGUUUUCAGACAAAAAUAUCCAGACUGUAGCUCUGAAGAAGGAACAGUUUGUUUCCAAUGAGGACAAAAGCUGCACAAACACUUCCAUGCCAGCUGAAAAUACACAGUACAUAACCACGGGCAUUAAGGAAGAGGUGGUAUCUGACAAGGAAGAAAUUCUCACAGAUGUCUCCACUCCAACAGACAACUCCCCCAUAGAUUAUAUAAUCACUUAUGUUAAAGAGGAGGAAGAAUCAUGUGAUGAGGGAAAUCUAACAGACACAGAUAUCUACUCUCCCAGAGAGUAUUCCUCCAUCUGUAAAAGAGCUGGUGAGAAGAACAUGACAGUCAUGUAUACGGGAACAGAAAAAAAAGCUGUCAAAGUGGCCUCAACGUCUCACCACCAAUUCCUCGAAGACACAGAAUUGAUGCACAGCUUCUCUGAGUGUGAGAAAUGCUUCACUUGUAACAGACAUCAAAGGAUCCAGAUCCGAGAUAAGCCAUUUGCUUGCUCAACAUGUGGAAAGUUCUUCACAACAAACUCAAAUCUUGUGGCCCACCAACGAAUCCAUACAGGCGAGAAACCGUUUUCCUGCUCUGAGUGUGGCAAAUGUUUUACCAGCAGCUCUGAUCUUGUGAAGCAUAAGAUUAUUCACACUGGAGAGAAGCCGUUCCCCUGUUCAUUGUGUGGCAAAUGUUUCACAAACAAGUCCAACCUUAUCAAACACCAGAGGAUCCAUACUGGAGAACGGCCAUAUUCCUGUCCUGAGUGUGGCAAGCGCUUCACCAGUACUUCACACCUUGUGACACAUCGUCGGACACACACUGGUGAGAAGCCAUACCCCUGUACGGGCUGUGGGAAAUUCUUCAGCAAUAAAUCUCAUCUAUUAGAGCAUCAGAGAAUCCACACUGGAGAGAAGCCGUUUAAGUGUCCCGAAUGUGGAAAAUCUUUCACACAGAAGAGCAACUUGAAUAAUCACUUGAGAAUUCAUAGCCGGGCGAAAAAUAUUACGUAUCACUAAAGAAUUUAAUGUGUACUGAUGUUUAAAGGGGUAUUUUACUCUCAGACGUUUAUGGGAUAGACAAAGGAUAUGUCAUAAAUAUGUGAAAAAUGGGGGUCCUGCUGUUCUGGUUCUGUAACUCCCAUUCACUUCUAUGAGAGUUAUGGAAAGAGCUAAGCUCACUGCUGUGUGGCUACCUUGUCAGCCUGGAGAGAAGGACAGGAUGAGGUAAGGGUCCAAAAGGAGUGAAUUGCCACUAUCAGACAUAGCAUAUCCUGUAUAUACAGUGAACAUCUGGGCUGAGAAUACCCCUUUAAGGAGAAUUGGGGGAAUCGGGAGUGGUAGGAUUGUUUGGGGCGAAAUACUACAUCUGACAAUGCUCACUAUUGGACAUUACCAGUUUUAUUCAAUUUAAAAUGAGACAGCUCACCACUCUUGAUUAGUAAAAUCGCUUGCACGGAAAGCGAUGGUUCCCAAUUCCAAAGUCAAACAAAUCCCAGCAGGCGUACUUGUUUCUGCAGUUGAAGGCUGGACGGGCCGAAACGCAUCCUGUUAUAUGGAUUAUAAUAAAGCAUUCAGAAACAAGUAUGCCUGCUGGGAUUCCCAGUUUUAUGGCUGAUUAUAGAACUUCAAGUUCAAGGUCUAAAAUGCGGUGCUCAAAACUGGAUAACAAUCCUUAAAUCAUCUGUUUGUUCAUUUUCUGUAUUUGAGGCUUGUACCAAAGGAUCUACAUUCAAAUGUCUUCUCCUAUCCAGAGAGUUGGAUCCCUGAGUUUUGAACUCUUAAAGGGGCUGUUCAGGAUUUUUCUACUGAUGGCCUAUCCUUAGGGUAGGCCAUCAGUAUUUGAUCGUCAGAGGUCCGACACUCCUCACCACUAUCAAUUACCGUGUAGCUUCGGCAAGGCACUCAGAGGAUAGGCCAUCAAUAUAUAAAACAGCUAUUCCCUAUCUUGUUUUAUUUGCAUUUUUAGUAGGGUAACAUAACGAAAGAAAAUGUAUUUAUUAGGAUAACCAUAGGCUGGAUUACCCUGUGCUUUAUGUUUUUUAAUGUAUAAUUCACUUACAACCGAUUACAAUUCUGGUUGUAAAUUUAUAUGUGUAACACACUGAAUGAUCAAUAGAAUCUACAUUUCACUGUUUUUCCAUCUAGAUAUUUUCAUUCCCAGAUUUAUCUAAUCAGAUUGAUUUAAUCAUUCUUUGCCACUCAAUAAUCAUACUUAAGCGGUAUGUAGGCAAUUUUCACAUCUACGUUACAGCAUUCCGAAUACUGGAAUUACUGGAUCCCGUUUCACUAUAAUAGCAUCCUGUAGAUUUC